AUGGUGGACUGCCUAAGUCGAGUCAUGUUGCACAAAGCUUUAUCCUGCUGGCAGCCAAUGCUGGGUCUGGCCCUAGUGGCUGUGUUCUUAGACUCUACACUAGCCUGUCCAUCCCGCUGUGAGUGUUCUGCUCAAAGCCGCUCUGUCAUCUGCCAUCGAAAGCGUUUCCCAACUAUCCCAGAUGGUAUUCCAAUCGAAACACGGAUCCUGGACCUUAGCAAGAACCGCAUCCAGGCCAUCAAUCCAGAUGACUUUUCUGUGUACCCACACAUUGAAGAUUUGGACCUGAGUGGCAAUAUUGUUGCUUAUGUGGAGCCUGGUGCCUUUAAUUUACUUUACAGUUUACACACGCUUAGCUUAAAAAGCAAUCGCAUCAAGCUCCUCUCACUGGGUGUCUUUACUGGCCUUUCCAAUCUCACCGUGCUUGACAUUAGUGACAAUAAGAUUGUCAUCCUGGUUGAUUACAUGUUUCAGGACCUGCAUAAUCUCAAGUCAUUGGAAGUGGGGGACAAUGAGCUUGUGUACAUCUCGCACAGAGCCUUUUAUGGUCUGCUGGCUCUAGAGAGUCUCACACUGGAGCGCUGUAACCUAACCACGGUACCGACUGAUGCCCUGUCCCAUCUGCACAACCUGGUGAGCCUGCACAUGCGCUACCUCAGCAUCAGUAGCCUUCAUCCUUACUCCUUCAGAAAACUUUUUCGUCUGCGCCACCUUGAGAUUGACCACUGGCCUGCGCUUGAUGUUUUCCCAGCCAACACCUUGCACGGCCUCAAUCUCACCACACUUUCAGUCACUAACACUAAUUUGUCCACAUUCCCCUACCAGGCAUUGCGUCACAUGCCUUACCUUUCUCAUUUAAACCUGUCCAACUGUCGUAUCCGUACCAUUGAGGGAGGCCUGCUGCAGGAUCUGGUGCAUCUUCAUGAACUGCGACUAUCGGGUGCCCAACUAGUGUCUGUCGAGCCUUACGCGUUUCAGGGUCUUCGCUGGCUCAGGGUUCUCGAUGUCUCUCACAACCAGCUGGACACUUUGGAGAAGGGUGUGUUCCAGGCACCAGAGUCCUUGGAGAUGUUGCUCAUUAACAACAAUCCUCUUGUGUGUGACUGUCGGCUCAUGUGGCUGCUGCAGAAACGUCAUUCUAUCUCAUUUGGAGAUGAGCAACCUGAGUGUAACACACCUGAAGGCAUUCGUGGGCGCCCUUUCAAGGAAUUCAAGGAAACACUGCUGUCUUACUAUGUGACCUGCACCAAGCCCAAGAUCAGAGAGAACCGGACACAACUGGUGUCAGUAGAAGAAGGACAGCCUGCUCAGCUACACUGCAGUGCUGAGGGGACACCUCGCCCUAUCAUAUCCUGGGUGACCCCACGACGGAGACAUCUCACGAACAAGAGUCAUGGAAGGGUAGUUGUAUACAACAAUGGCACAUUGUAUAUCAAGUCAGUGGAGCUUCAGGAUGGUGGUGUGUAUGUGUGUAUGGCCUCCAACUCAGCUGGAAAUGACACACUGAUGGUAUCUCUUGCGGUCAAAAGUCUGGGCUCGCUUUAUGCCAACAGGACCCAGUACUACACAGAUCCUAACAGUACCACUGCCAACAGCACUUUUUCUCCCAACUUGACCUUCGGCCUGGACCUAAAGACCAUCUUAGUUUCUACAGCCAUGGGUUGUUUCACAUUCCUGGGAGUUGUGCUUUUCUGUUUUCUGCUCUUGUUUGUGUGGAGUCGGGGCAAAGGGAAGCACAAAAACAACAUAGAUAUAGAGUAUGUGCCACGCUCCAAAUCCAAUGGGGCAUCUCCUGAGGAAGCAGAGCAGAGUGCUGGCCCUCGGCGCUUUAACAUGAAAAUGAUUUAA